CCAUGAGGCCGCCAGAUGGUGGUCGAGGCCGCGGCUCCGAGGGCACUGCCCGGGCAAGUUGGAGCCGCGAGGGCCCGCGGGUCCCAGGGCGGUCCCAGUAGCCCUAGCGCAAGUGACCUGGACGCCGCUGCCUCCUGCCCGAACCAUGACCCAGCCCGUGCCCCGGCUCUCUGUGCCCGCCGCGCUGGCCCUAGGCUCGGCCGCGCUGGCCGCUGCCUUCGCCAGCGGCCUCUUCCUGGGGAGAUGGUUCCCUCCAUGGCGAUCCCGGCGAGAGAAGCGCCUGCUGCCCCCUGAGGACAGCCCCCUGUGGCAGUAUCUGCUGAGCCGCUCCAUGCGGGAGCACCCGGCGCUGCGGAGCCUGCGGCUGCUGACCUUGGAGCAGCCGCAGGGGGAUUCCAUGAUGACCUGUGAGCAGGCCCAGCUCUUGGCCAACCUGGCUCGCCUCAUCAAGGCUAAGAAGGCACUGGACCUUGGCACUUUCACAGGCUACUCGGCCCUAGCGUUGGCCCUAGCGCUGCCCCCGGCCGGGCGCGUGGUGACCUGCGAGGUGGACGCAGGGCCCCCGGAGCUGGGACGUCCCCUGUGGAGGCAGGCCGAGGUGGAGCACAAGAUCGAACUUCGGUUGAAACCCGCUCUGGAGACCCUGGAUGAGCUCCUGGCAGCGGGCGAGGCCGGCACCUUCGACUUGGCCGUGGUGGAUGCGGACAAGGAGAACUGCACCGCCUACUACGAGCGGUGCCUGCAGCUGCUGCGACCCGGAGGCGUCCUCGCUGUGCUCAGUGUCCUGUGGCGUGGAGAGGUGUUGCAGCCUAAACCGCAGGACAAGGCGGCCCAGUGUGUGCGAAACCUGAAUGAGCGCAUUCUGCGGGACGCCAGGGUCCACAUCAGCCUCCUGCCCCUGGGCGACGGCCUCACCUUAGCCUUCAAGAUCUAGGGCUGGCCCCUACCGAGUGGCCUCAAGGGAGGGGCCCUGGGACCCCCAGCCAUUGACACCGAGUUUUAAAUCUGACAAUAAAGUGAGGCCUGGGACACGA